AUUAUAUGGUAACAUCUGAAUCCGAUUGAGAAGAAACUCACACCUGGUGGAUUUUCGAUUCGGCAAAUAAAUAAUAGCUCACUCUCUCUUUUGUUUAUGUUUUCAGGAUUUUGAUUAUGUCUCCUGCGAAAAAGUCUAGGAGUACAAAUAAGCGAUAUUCUUAUGUAACUGAAGUCUCCCCUAGCAAAGGAGGAGAUGGCUCUAAAAGAAGCAAUCCACGGAAAAGGAAGUUGUCCAUGCUAGGCCCCCAAUGGAGUAAGGAGGAGCUUAGCCGUUUUUAUGAUGCGUACAGGAAACAUGGUAAAGAUUGGAAAAAGGUGGCUGCUGUUGUGAGAAAUCGGUCAGUUGAUAUGGUGGAGGCACUUUACUCUAUGAAUAUGGCUUACUUAUCUCUUCCAGAGGGGACUGCUUCUGUUAUUGGAUUGAUUGCAAUGAUGACUGAUCACUACUGUAACAUGGCGGAGAGUGAUAGUGAACAAGAAAGCAAUGAGGGUGCAGGAACAUCUCGGAAGACUCAAAAGCGUGCUCGAGGUAAAGUUCAGGCUGGCACAUUUAAAGGACCCGAUUUACAACCCCCUACUCUAGGAUCAAAUAAUGGUUGUUUGUCAUUAUUGAAGAAGAAACGCUCUGGAGGGACACGGCCUCGUGUUGUUGGGAAAAGGACACCACGGUUUCCUGUACCAUAUUCUUAUGAAAAUGCUAAAGGCCUGAACAGAUCGUUAGAUGCCAAUGAUGAUGAAGUUGCUCAUGAAAUUGCUAUAGCUUUAGCUGAAGCCUCAAAACGAGGCAGUUCUCCCCAGAUUUCACAUACACCUAGCCAUCAAACUGACAGUGCGUUAUCCACUCCCACCCAAAAAGCUGAAAAGAAGAAGAGUAGCCUGGAAAUGGGCAAUCUCAAGUUUCAUAGCAGUGAAAUGGAUGAGGAUGAAGGAAGCAUGGAAGCUGACACAGGAGAACUACACAGGUUGAGGGAAACUGGCCGAACAAUCCAGAAGGGGAGCAGGGUCUCUGGGAAAAAGUCAGAAAUUGACGUCACUAGUGAUGCUAAAUUUGUUGACAACAAGGAAGCAUGUAGUGGUACAGAAGAAGGUUAUAGGUUAGAUGUAGCAAGUACAGAGCAUGACAUGGAGGUUGCUGAUGAAAAAGUUUUAAGGGCUUCAUCCCUUGGUCUCAGAAAGAGGAGCAAAAAGGUUCUUUUUCAGAGAGAUGACGGUGCUACCUUUGAGGCUCUUCAAACUUUGGCUGAUCUAUCAUUAAUGAUGCCAACAAUGGAAAAUGAAAAUGAGCUAAUGAUGCACAUCAAAGAUGAAAGUGGUCACAUUGAAGAAUCUGAAACCAUGGAAGCUCUGCCUAUGAACCGGCAAAAAAAGAAAUACAGAACAUCUGGAGUUAAAACUAAAUGGACUCAGCCUACUUCAGAACUUGAGGUUGCAUCUAGUGCAAUGUCAAAGCAUGUAAAAGCUUCAGUUGAUGAUAGCGCUUUUUCUGAAACAAAGCAGAUGAGAAAAAAUCAAAAGAUAUCAACAUCUAAGGCACAGAAAUGUGAAGUUCAUCCCAGUAAUGAUCUCUCUGAUCCUCCAGUGUCUGACAAAAAGGAUGCACUGAAGAAGCCAAUCAGCAAGGGUAAAAGAUCUUUGCAGCAGAGCUCUUCACCUAAAGUAAUGAAGAAUCAAGAUCAUCCCUCAAGUGCAGAUCUAAGAAUAGAGAGAAGCGAUCCAGCUCAAAUGGCUUCAGAAGUCCGUGUAGCAAACCAAGCCACAUUGCCUGAUAAAGUUACGAGUAGGCGUAAGAUGAUGCUUGAGAAAACACAAAAAGUAAGCGAUUCGACUUUUCCUGAUAGCAUGUUGGAUAAUAACUGCAGCCCGCCCUUUGUUUCAGUCAAUGACAAAGUGGACAAUGUUCAGAAAAAACUUUCUAAUUGUUUACGCCACCGACUUUUAAGGCGAUGGUGUACAUGUGAGUGGUUCUACAGCCCAAUUGAUAAUCCCUGGUUUGCUAAAAGGGAGUUUGUUGAAUACUUGGAUCAUGUUGGGUUGGGACAUGUUCCCAGGCUAACUCGUGUUGAGUGGGAUGUGAUAAGAAGUUCUCUCGGUAAACCGCGUCGAUUUUCUAAACAAUUUUUGAAGGAGGAAAAGGAGAAGCUCUAUGAUUACCGUGAGUUUGUUAGAACACAUUACACUGAUCUACGCGAGGGUACUAGGGAAGGAUUACCUACUGAUCUUGCAAGGCCAUUAUCUGUUGGACAACGUGUCAUUGCCAUCCACCCUAAAACAAGAGAAAUUCAUGAUGGAAGUGUUCUUACAGUUGACCAUUCUAGGUGUCGGGUUCAGUUUGACCGUCCUGAGCUUGGAGUUGAAAUUGUCAAGGAUAUUGAAUGCAUGCCUUUAAAUCCCUAUGACAACAUGCCUACACAGCUCAGCAGGGACAAGCAUGCUGUUGUGCAUAAGUUACUUGAGAACUUCAAUGAGAACAUUCUUAAUGAGCGAGCAAAUGACAAUAUGAAAUUAGUGUCAGGUGAUAAUCUAGAGAACGGAGAUGGUUUCCAUUGUUUGCCUUCAUCAACCUGUGUGCAAAAUAACCUAUUAUUGAAAUCAGAGGCAGAUACAGCAGAUGGUGAUGGGAAUGCUAAAAUUAGGCCAAGUGACGCUGUUCUGCAAACCGCAAUUUCUCAACCCGGUACAGUGGGGCAGAACCAAGCUAAAGAAGCCGAUGUUCAAGCUCUUGCUAAGCUGACUCGUGCUCUCGACAAAAAGGAUGCUGUAGUUUCUGAGCUCAGGCGCAUGAAUGACGACAUUUUGGAAAACCAAAGGAGCGGUGACUGCACACUCAAUGACUCUGACCCUUUCCGAAAGCAAUAUGCUUCUAUAAUAGUUCAGUUAAAUGAAGUAAAUGACCAGGUUUCAUCUGCUUUGGGUUGCUUGAGACAGAGGAACACGUACCGAGGGAAUGCAUCUCUUAGUUUGCUGCCAAGGGCAGUUGCUAAUUCCGGUGAUGCUGGUGCUGAUACAUUGAGCACUUUUGGUUAUUGUACAAAUAAUCAAAUCCAGGAAUCACGGUUUCAUAUAGACGAGAUCAUUGAGAGUUCAAGAGUAAAAGCCAGAACUAUGGUCGAUGCUGCUGUGCAGGCGAUGUCAUCACUUAAUGGGAUGGAGAACAGUACGGGGGAUGUUGAAUAUGCUAUUGAUUAUCUAAAUGACCGAAUUUCAACGGAUGAAUUAGGCUCGCUUACUAUGACUGAUUCUAAUAAAUUGAAGAACGAUGUGAAGCAUGGAAAUGAGGCAGACAUCCCCUCAGAACUUAUUGCCCAAUGUGUUGCUACGCUCCUUAUGAUUCAGAAGUGUACAGAACGACAGUUUCCCCCGGCUGAUGUGGCAAAAAUACUGGAUUCGGCUGUUUCAAGCUUGCAGCCUACCUCUUCUCACAAUCUUCCACUCUUUGCUGAAAUAGAGAACCGCAUGGGGAUAGUAAGGAACCAAAUACUGGCCCGAAUACCAACCUAGUAGUCAUAUGCAUGUGCUUCGUGCCCGUUGCAUGAGAGCAAAUGGGAGUUAACUGGUUCAAUGAGUUGGUUAUAGAAUGACUAAUAUUUAUAAGAUGUGGAAAGAUAUAUCAUUUAUCUUAGCUACGUUUAUCUAAGCCAAAAGUAAUAAUGGCAGUGUCUUAGUUUAAGCCUAUUUAUCCUAUGCAAGUCAAAUGAUUUGGUAUUUGGUUGAAGGGCGAGCUGAUGAGCCAAAAUCACGGGUCACCAAAGCCGUUCUUUUCUUUUUAUUGUAUUCUGGUUUUAUAUACACGGUAAUCUUGUAAAUUUGCUAUGGGUAGAUAUUACUGUAAAUGAAAUAGCCAAGUCAUUUUGGUCUUCGUGUUCAGUCUAUAGAUUAUGUUUAGUACGAGUACAUGUUUUCUUGUUAA